AACCGGAGAAGAAGAAGAAACAUGGCGGCGUUAGACUUCCUGAAAACAGCAGAGUUACUGAAACAAGGAGCAGAAGCCCGAGUUUACCGGGCGGAAUUUCUGGGAAAACCGACUAUAGUGAAGGAAAGAUUCCCGAAACGUUACAGACACCCGACGCUGGACGAGAAGCUGACACACCGCCGGACCACGCAGGAGGUCCGGUCCAUCCUGCGCUGCCGGAGAGCGGGCAUACGUGCACCUGUUGUCUACUUUGUGGACUACACUUCCCACUGCAUUUUCCUGGAGGAAAUCGUGGGUUCGUCGACUGUGCGUGACCACAUUGCAUCCAGUCAGCAGUCUGACUCCGGUACAGAGCAGAAUCUGCAGCAGCUGGCUGAGCGGGUCGGUCAGAUUUUGGCCAAAAUGCACGAUGAGGACGUCAUACAUGGAGACCUGACGACCUCCAACAUGCUGCUGAGACGCAGUCAAAAGGACGGAGAGUCUGAGCUGGUCCUCAUCGACUUCGGCUUGAGUUACAUCUCGGCUCUGCCAGAAGACAAGGGGGUGGACCUGUACGUUCUGGAGAAGGCUUUCCUCAGCACCCACCCGAACACUGAGGAGCUGUUUGAGAAGCUGCUGAAGAGCUAUGCUGCGUCGUCCAAGAAGUCGUCAGCCGUCAUCAAAAAGCUCGACGAGGUUCGGUUGAGAGGGAGGAAGAGGUCCAUGGUGGGAUGAUGGUUCAUGCUGUGUACAGAGACGAGCUUCUGGUGUUUAUGUUUCUAAAAAUCCAUUGAAAUGAUGAUGCUGAUGUUGUACACAAAAGACUUUGUAUGUAAACUAAGACAAUAAAUAAAGUUUUAUACCAA